AUGGGUAUUUCUCGGGAUUCUCGCCACAAGCGCAGCGCCACUGGUGCUAAGCGCGCCUCCUACCGCAAGAAGAGAGCCUUCGAGAAGGGCCGCCAGCCCGCCAACACCCGUAUUGGCUCCAAGCGCAUUCACCUUGUCCGCACUCGUGGUGGCAACCAGAAGUUCCGUGCCCUCCGCCUGGACUCCGGUAACUUCUCUUGGGGUUCCGAGGGUAUCUCCCGCAAGACCCGUGUCAUUGGAGUGUCCUUCCACCCCUCCAACAACGAGCUGGUCCGCACAAACACCCUGACCAAGUCCGCCGUUGUCCAGAUCGACGCUGCUCCCUUCCGUCAGUGGUUCGAGGCCCACUACGGCCAGCCCAUCGGUCGUAGACGCCAGCAGAAGACCGCCGAGGUCACCGAGGAGAAGAAGUCCUCCUCCGUCGCCAAGAAGCAGGCUGCCCGCUUCGCCGAGUCCGGCAAGGCUGAGUCCGCCAUCGAGCGCCAGUUCGAGUCCGGUCGUCUGUUCGCCGUUGUUGCCUCUCGCCCCGGCCAGUCUGGCCGUGUCGACGGUUACAUUCUGGAGGGUGAAGAGCUUGCUUUCUACCAGAAGGCUAUCCGCAAGUAA